AUGGCUGCACAACAACGUCUCAGAGGAGAGGAAAUACCCAGAAGAAUACAGACCAUAAUACUCACUAUAGAGGAGCUUCUGAGCCAGCCUGUCCCUGAUUGGUCUCAAGGCUACUGCAAUCUGCUGACCCCGCCCUCCCAGGCUGUGUCGCUGCAGUGGGUGUACAGAGAUGGCCAAUUGGUCAACCUACCUGUCAGUCUCCUGGUAGAGGGUGACAUCAUCGCCCUGAGACCUGGCCUUCCCGCCCCCACGGAACUCCGCGGUAUCCAGCGUCUCCUCCAACCACAGCUGUUCAGGGUCACUAAGACCCCCACUCUGGAGACUGUGACGCGCUGUUUGGAGGAUGCUCAGAAGCGUCCUGUCUCUGUCCUGGACAACGAGCGCUUCGCCGUGCAGACGUUGCUGGAGAGAGGCCUUGCCCCCCUGACUCUGAUGCUGCUGUUACUGCUAAACCUGCUGCGCUUCCUGCUGGGAUCUCCAGGAGUUGGACCCUGGCCUGUGGCCCUGCUGCAGACCCCAGUGAAUGGGACUUUACCCCUGCUGCCCCUCACCUUCCCAUUGCUAUGGUUACUGGUGAAUGUGUAUGGAGAGGUGCGGGUUCUCAACCAGCUGGUACACACACAACAGGACUGGUGGGAAAUGAUGCGUGAGACAGGCAGGAAGUGUGUGUGUGUCCUGAGAGGACGCCAUGCAGCUCUCUGCUUCACCUCCAGUCUGCUGCACAGCCUGGGCUCCGUCACUGUGAGUGUGUGA